CAGAGCGAAAAGCAAAGCUACCCAUUCCCCUCUCUCUAUCUCCUCUCCUCCCCUGUCCUCUCUCUCCCUCUCUCUCUCUCUCUCACCAGGUCCAGCUUUGUCGGGACAAUUAUAAAGACCGCUCCACACUCUGACUAGACUCUCUCUAUCUUCGGCGAAAGCUCCACUGAUAGUGAGGCGUAGCAGUAGUUGCUUUGCGUCAAGCUCAUUCAAUGGCGGCCUCGGGACACGUGCGAAACUCCGAGCUCGGUUGAUGUGAGUAGUAGUAGUAGUAGUUCCUUUCGUCUUUUAGCUGUAUUGAAUGAAUUUGUGCUCUCUGUCCGCGUGGAAGUUGAAACUUAUUGUAGUCUUUGAAAUGGCUUGGGAGUUGUGAAUUAGGGCUUGGUAACUUCUUGAGUGUGGGGUGAAUUUCUUUUGGAGUUUAGAGAGAUAAAGGGGAGAACUGGUGGGGUUUGGGACGGAAAAAAAUUUCUUUUAGGGUUUUGAAUUUGUAUCCGUGAGGAAGUUGACGCUUGUUUUUGAGUCUCAAAUGGGUUGGGAUUUGUGAACUAGGGCUUGGUUUUGGUGAAGAUUGAAAUUUUGAGUGUGGGUUUGGAUUUGUGAAUUAGGGCUUGGUUUUGGUAAAGAGUGUGUGUUUGAAAGUGUGAGUUGGAUUUGUGGGGUUGGAGAGGGAAAGGGAAGAAAUGGUGGGGUAGGAUUUUUAAUUUGUAUUCUUUUGUCUAUGAGGAGGUUGAAGCUUGUUUUUGAGUCUCAAAUGGGUUGGGAUUUGUGAAUUAGGGCUUGGUUUGGUGAAUAUUGAAAUUUUGAGUGUUUGGAUUUGUGGGGUUAGAGAGAGAGAGAGAAAGGGAAGAAAGAAAUGGUGGGUUGUGGUCCUUGUGGAGCCUUAAUUGAGCAGGGUAGUGUGUGGAAGACAAGAGAGGUGGAAUUGAACAGCUGCUUGGGGCUCAAGAUUAUGACAACUACGGGAGAGGGUUUUCUAAGCUGAGGGUUUAUGCAGUUUAAACUAUUUGAUAAUUCUACUGAAAACAUAUACUAGGAUUGUAGGAUAUGAAGCUUUCAACAUCAGGACAUGGUCAACAGGCUCAUGAAGGGGAGAAGAAGUGCUUGAAUUCGGAGCUAUGGCAUGCUUGCGCGGGCCCUCUCGUGUCGCUACCAACUCUUGGGAGUCGUGUGGUUUACUUCCCUCAGGGUCAUAGUGAGCAGGUUGCGGCUACGACUAACAGAGAAGUUGAUGCCCACAUUCCGAAUUACCCAAGCUUGCCACCCCAGUUGAUUUGCCAACUUCACAAUGUUACAAUGCAUGCAGAUGUUGAAACAGAUGAAGUAUAUGCUCAAAUGACCUUGCAGCCCUUGACUCCGCAAGAGCAAAAGGAUACCUAUGUUCCCGUUGAGUUGGGGAUGCCAAGCAAGCAGCCAACCAAUUAUUUCUGCAAGACAUUAACAGCGAGUGACACAAGUACUCAUGGGGGGUUCUCUGUUCCUCGUCGUGCUGCAGAGAAAGUUUUCCCUCCUCUAGAUUUCUCUCAGCAGCCGCCUUGUCAGGAGCUUAUUGCCAGGGAUCUUCAUGAUGUUGAGUGGAAGUUUAGGCAUAUUUUCCGAGGACAGCCCAAACGGCAUCUUCUUACUACAGGGUGGAGUGUGUUUGUCAGUGCCAAGAGACUUGUAGCGGGAGAUUCUGUUCUUUUUAUCUGGAAUGAAAAAAACCAGCUUCUUCUGGGAAUACGCCGUGCGAUUCGACCACAGACUGUGAUGCCUUCUUCUGUAUUGUCAAGCGACAGCAUGCACAUUGGACUACUUGCAGCUGCAGCUCAUGCCGCUGCUACUAAUAGCUGUUUCACAAUAUUUUAUAAUCCAAGGGCUAGUCCUUCCGAAUUUGUCAUAGCGCUUUCAAAGUAUGUUAAGGCGGUAUAUCAUACACGUGUUUCUGUUGGGAUGCGUUUCCGGAUGCUUUUUGAAACUGAAGAAUCAAGUGUUCGCAGAUACAUGGGUACUAUAACUGGCAUUGGUGACCUUGAUCCUGUUCGUUGGUCAAAUUCUCAUUGGCGAUCUGUCAAGGUGGGUUGGGAUGAGUCAACUGCGGGUGAAAGGCAGCCACGGGUGUCUUUAUGGGAAAUUGAGCCUUUGACAACUUUUCCGAUGUACCCCUCACUCUUUCCGCUAAGGCUAAAGCGCCCUUGGUACCCUGGAGCCUCAUCUUUUCAAGAUGGUAGAGAAGGAGCAGUUAAUGGCAUGACAUGGUUAAGAGGAGAAACUGGAGAGCAAGGGAUUCACUCUCUUAAUUUUCAGAAUGUUGGUAUGCUGCCCUGGACGCAGCAGAGAUGGGACACAUCCUUAGUCAGAAACGAUUUUAAUCCGCAGUAUGAAGCCAUGUUGGCAGCUGGUUUGCAUAGUACAGGAGGCGGGGAUUCUAUUAAACAGCAAUUUCUGCAGUUACAGCAACCUUUCCAGUAUCUUCAGCAACCAGGCGGACAAAAUCCUCUUGUUAUUCAGCCAUCUAUCUCCUCAAAUAUUCUGCAAACACAGACCCAAAUGCUACAGCAAGCCAACAACCAACCAGAAGAACAGCCACAGCAACAGACUUAUCAGGAUUCAUUUCUAAUUCAAAGUGACCAGCUCCAAAACAGGCAGCAGCCUAAUGUUCCAUCUCCUUCAUUUUCAAAAACAGAUUUCGCAGAUUCGAAUGCUAAGUUUUCAACAUCGGUUGGUCCUUGUGUACAAAAUAUGUUGGGUUCGUUCUGCACUGAUGGAAGUGGCAACAAUCUUCACGAUUUAACCCGAACUGGUCAAACCAUGGUUAGUAACCUGACCGAACAACAAUGGGCAUCAAAGUUUACAAAUUCACAGGGUAAUCCAUCUACCAACAACCCUGUGUCACUUCCACCGUAUCCUGGUAAAGAUGCUAAUGUCGAGCAGGAAAAUUGUAGCUUGGAAAGCCAUAAUCAUUCUGCGUUUGGUGCUAAUAAUGGCUCUGGACUCCUACUCCCCACCACACUUUCUGGUAUCAGUGAUUCUGCAGUAAGUGCUAAUGUGUCCUCAAUGGCAUUAGGUGCUUCUGGGUUUCGGAGUUCUCUAUAUGGUUGCAUGCAAGACUCUUCCGAGUUGUUGCAUAGUGCAGAAGCACAAGUUGACCUGCCAACCCCCACCCGUACAUUUGUCAAGGUUUACAAAUCGGGGUCGGUUGGCCGGGUCCUAGACAUCACUCGGUUCAACAGCUACCAUGAGUUGCGUGAGGAGCUGGGUCAGAUGUUUGGGAUUGAGGGAUUGCUUGAAGACCCUCAGAGAUCAGGCUGGCAGCUUGUAAUUGUUGACAGGGAGAAUGAUGUGCUUCUCCUUGGAGACGACCCCUGGGAGGAGUUUGUCAAUAACGUCUGGUACAUCAAGAUACUUUCACCUGAGGAUGUGCUGAAACUGGGGAAACAAGAAAUUGAAUCCUUCAGCCGCAAUAAUGGUUUAAGGAUGAAUCAUGCAAGUGGGAAUGGCGGCCAGGACUUUGUUUCUGGACUACCCUCUGUUGGCUCACUCGGAUACUGAGAAUGAUUCGCAGUGCAUUUUAUCUUCCUGAGUCGGUCUACUUCAAGGGCCUUUUGGCUUCUAAAUUUCUGUAUUAUGUUCUGAAUUUGUGUCUUUCGUGUGUCCAACUGCUACUUAUUUUCCAUGCCGUUGAUGCUUUAUGCAAUCAUGUAGUGAUUAUUUAGUUCUUCUGAUGAAGUUACUGCCUUUCGAGGAUAAAAUAUAUGUAAUAUGAGAUAUGGAUUUAAGGUUAGAUGAUGAACAUGUCUAGGUGAUCCAGACUUUUAACCCUUGAAACUAAGCUAUUGGAUGGUACAGUGGAUUUAAUGUAA